UAGGCUUCAGUAGCCAAAGAUGAGUCGUGGCUUUUCAGAAAACAAUAACUUUCCAUAUGACAACAAUCAAAUGGUUUUGGACAUGAUCCUGUGUUCCCUAAUUGGUGUUCCUCAGCCUAUCAACUGGGACAGUGUGGCAAGGCUAGUUCCAGGAUACACAUCCAAAGAGUGCGCAAAAAGGUUUGAUGAACUAAAAAGCAGUGGAAGUUCACCUGUUGACAACCAGUACAAUCCCCUGAUGGCCGCUGGUGGGAGUCCUGUGGAAACUUUAGCUACCUACAUCAAAUCCUCCUUGCUCGAUGCACAGACAGAGUUUCAGGAGCCUGCUAUUGGGCAAGAUUCCAUUACUAUAACUGGAAGGCCCAGCACAACGUCCACAAGGAAUUGUUCUUCGGAAUCUGAGAAAGGCCCUGUGCAUAAAGGGGGAGAAAGCACUGAUGAAAGUCAGGGGUAAGAGGAUCUUUGGUGUUUGUGAUCUAGGGGAACAUAGAACUGACAGAAAGAUGUCUAAAUUGCUCGUACUUUUCUGCUGUCAGAGAGAAAACAGCCA